AGAAACGGAAAUGAGCACCAACCCCCAGAGUCAGACACAACUGUAAUUAAUGUCAGAGGAAAACUUUUACAUUUACCUUUAGCUUAAUUUACUGAUGUCAGGCUGUAAUUUGAUGUUAGGUUUUAAUGUUAUUUUCCUACGCAGGGUUUCUCUGUGAUUUUGUGUCAGUAUUUGUUUGUUUUACGGAAGCAUUGAACGUUUGCCAUUGUAUGUUGGAAUCCGCCUUGAGUCCCCUUGGGAAGAUAGGGUGGAAUACAAAUAAAGUUUUAUUAUUAUCAUUCUUGUCAUUGUAGAUGGGGGAGAUUGAAAGCAAGAAACAUUUGCUACAGGGAGCAUAGAAGAUCAGAGUUAGCAUGUCCCUAUUGCUCUGGGGCGACCUUCCAUGAAACCUUUCUAGAGUCAAGGGCUGUGGGAUCCCACUCCGCCUUGGCGAUCCAGGCCGGCUUUUCCUUCCCUCCGUCGGCUGGGUUCCUCUCUGGCCGGAGAAGUUGCAAACCUUGUGUUGGAGGAGCGCACGUUGUAUUCCCCACCAAGGGAGGGAGGGAGCAAGGGGGGCAUCUCCAUGUUUUCCCCCUUCUCCUUCUGGCUUUUAAAUGUCCCUUCUUCCUCCCGCCCACCGGAUCGGUUCUGGGUGGCCAAGCGAUGCCCCGGGUCGCCUUUUCCUCCUCUAGACGCCCAUUGACAAGGCACCAAGGCUGGUAGCUUUGUACAAUCCAGAGAAUACCAAGGUGACUAUGCGGGUUUCUGCUGAAAUAAACAACACUUGCAGGAAUGCAUGAUCUUUGAUUCUACUCUGAGUUGCACAUCUGCUGCUUGACAGAGAUGGCUCGCGAUGCCAGAUCUUCAAGAUUAGUAAAGAAACAGGAGAUAAGCAAAAAGAAACCAAGCCUAGCCCAAAGUAAAUCUUGCCAAGUAACAAAAGAUGCCAAAAAAAAUUCCCCAGUGGCAAACUGUUCUGCAAACUGCAAAAGGUUACUGGCGGAAAAGAACGAGGGCAAGAAAAAGCCACAAGAACACAAACCUCCUAUGGAUUCACCGUGCCGAUUUCUCCGCAGCAGUGUCACCAAAGCCUUUGCUGGAUCAUCUUGGAAGAAUCUGAAAUUAAGUGAUAGCGUUCUCUUUCAUAACCAGCCUCCGUUGAGCCUUACCAUGAAUCUUCGCAGGAAGCCAUUUCCCCAUAGACUGUUUGAAACAGCGGCAAUCAUGAGAGCGAAGAGACGAACUGGCCUGGUAAAAAGUUCAGGGAAAAGAGAAAAGUCUGAGUUAGGAACAUCCCAUAAAAUAGAAAGGAAAGGAGUGGAAAAAAGAGCUCAGGGUUUCAAACAAGAUUGCAACCAAAAUGUUGAAUCGCUGUCUACCAAAGCAGGCAGUGCCUUAUGUGAUAUGGAACCAGACCAUCCCUCUGAAUGUGACGGUGAAGCCAAGAAGAAAGCGCCAACUCCUGAAAACUGUCUUUCUGUUUCUAGUGUGGAUGAACCGAGUGUCUCUACUCCAAAGGCACUGCAGGAGGAUGGCAAAUGUAAAGAAACUGUGCCUACUGAGCAGGCCCUGGAAGAUUUAUCUACUGAUGUCUCAUAUGUAGCUUUGGCUGAGCCUGUUUCUUCUCAUCUACACCUUGACUCUGCCAAUGCUUUAAAGGUAUGUGAAAGAGAGUUAGGAACACUCGUGAAACCAGGCCUAGAGAAUAAUUUUAAUUCCGCACCACCCUCCAAAGAACAUUCCCCUCCAUCGUUUGACUCCACAUUGCAACUUUCUUCUGAAACAAACACAAAGGUGCCUGAGAAAAGGCCAGAGUCUCCUAUAGAAGGUCACUCCAUUGCUACCUGUGGUUCGGUGCUAACUCCUUGUGAACCCGAUGCUAUCAUUUUGAUUACCUCAGAAUUAAUCUCAAAAUUGCAUUUAGACGACACGUGUGCAUUAUCAGAGCCCCACCAUGAGCAAGAUCAUGAGCCUGCCAGUAGAAGAGAACCUGAUUUGCUGUGUAUCUCUGAACAGGGAGAUUCUCCAAAAGAUCCAGGCCUUGGUGGGAAAUCCUCUUUGCCAAAUGACUCAGAAUUCAAACUAGGUGACAAAGCACUUGACUUGUCAACUUCCCAAAAGGAUUAUUCAGGUUGUGAUCACAUUAAGAAAGCAUCCACUUGUAAACCAGUUUCUAAUCCCGUUUUUACUUAUGGUAUCUUGGAAGACCUUGAGCAGACCCUUGAGAGGAUAGCUGCUGAAACAUUGAAUUUAGAUUCAACUACUGUGCCUGAUCUAUCACUUCAGCCAGGAAAAAGGACGACUGAUUCCGUUUCAGUGAGUAGCAAUAUCUUUAACAACACUUCCCAAAAAUCCUCAAAAGAUGCUAACUUGAAGUUGCCAUCAGAGUCUGUAGGGAGUCCAGAAACUAGGCUUGUGGCAGACGGAUCCUGUCCAAACCUUCAGUGUCCCUCCCUAGGACUGGGAAGUGCUGAAAAAGACAUGAUCUCUGUUCAGGGCACCACAAAAUGCGGCACGAAUCCCAGUACAACUUCUGAACUAACCUCCUGGGGAAAUCCAACUAGUGCCUUUCCUGUCCUGUUUCCCUCUAUGCAACCUGUAGAAAAGAAAAAGCGAAGGCGAUGUGGAGUAUGUGAGCCAUGUCUGCGGAAAACUAACUGUGAAGAAUGCAGCUGCUGCAUGAAGCGCAAAACAAGCCACCGGAUCUGUAAAAAGAGAAAAUGUGAAGAACUGAAGAAGCCUCCCCCACCCCUGCCACCAUUAAUGUUACCCUUAAAGGUGCUCACUGACAACAAAAGGCCUCAGAAGAGGAAGGAGGAAAGAGUUUUGAAGGGAGAUCGAGAAAACAAACCAGUAAAUGGCUGCAGAGCAGAUCUCAUGGAAUAUGUUGCAUACAGCCAUAUCGAAAAACACAAGGUGAAACCAACCCAGUCAGUGCUCUGGGAAAAUGUUCAGACAAGUGAAAAGGAAAGUAUGACUGGCUUAGAAACGGAGAAGUGGACACACAAUGAAAAGCCAUUACUUAGUGUCCAUGUGAAUGGUGAUCUCUGCAGAACUGGAACAAGGGAUGAGAACUCAAAACAUGAUGACAGGAAUGCAAAGGCAGUUUAUUCUUCCAAUGUAUUAGAUGAACCCAAAAAAUUACUUGCACAAACUGCUAAAAAUGGCAUUAAAAAUAUACCUUACUCACCAGCAGAAUGUGACGUCUUACAGAAAAAAGUAGAUGUGGGUAUAAGAGUGAAUCUGGCAAACAGCUGCAAAGAAAGCCACUCAGGUGCCUCUUGGAGUGGCUCUUCUGCAUUGAACAAUGACAGCACUUUGCCAACUGGAACGUGUGGUGCUUUUCCAAAAAAGAAGGAUCACGUUCUGGUGCAACAGCCAGAAAGCUCUAACAUUGUUCAGGAAUCUGAGAACUCACUUUUGCAAACCAUUUCGCUUCUAGAUCUGCAGGACAAGCCACUUUGCACUCCCAUGACUGAAAAAUGUGGCUGUCUUGGUGAUGGUGCUUUAAAUAUUCCAAGAAAAGAUUCCCAACCUGAAGAUUUGUCACUUCAAUCAACUUUUCUAUCUCUUAUUAAAAACCGAAAUUUAACUGUGGAACAGGUGGUUGCAAUUGAGGCAUUAACACGUUUGUCAGAAGCUCCUUUAAAAGCAUCUUCACCAGGUAAAACUGAAAGAGUUCAAUGUUCAGAGCAGCAAAUCUCACAUUCACUUAGCAGUUUCAAAAAGGAUAAUUCAUUUUCCUUGACGGCCUCUGCAUUGAAAGCAAUUAAAGGGGCUUCCUCACAAAAAGACCAGCAGCUCUUUUCUCAUGUUCCUUCCCAGAGAAGAGUUCUUCCUAAGAGUUUGCUUUAUAAUGGUCAAGGUGCUAUUUCCGAGUUUUCCAGUAAAUCUCCAGGUCCAUCUAGCUUACUGCGUCGAUUACAUUGUUCUGCAUGGGAUGGCAAGUCUUUCUCUGCUUUAGUAGCUGGUGGAAAUUCAGGCCAUGCUACCAAGAAAUAUCCUCUUCAACAUAAAGCUGCCAUUGGGCCAUGUUCCAAAAACGCAAGUACUGUCAAACAAUGGAGGAACAAAUUUGAGAUGCUUGGGAAAUGGGAGGGAAAAACUGUUCAUGGUUUAAACUCAAAAGGUAAUUCUGUAAUUAGGGGCAACUUUCAUAGCCAGGAUGAGAAGGAGGUAGCCACCCAAUUAACUCAACUGGCAGCAAUAAUUGAAUCAAGCAAAACAAGCCCUGACCAAAAGGCAUCCCUUUUUGGUCGAAUACCAUCCGAUAUGCAGUCAAAACAUAAACAGGAUCAGUGCCUAUUGCAGAAGAAACAAUCAGUGUUUGUAAGGAACAAUUACAGCUCAUUGUUAGUCAAGCAAAGGCAACCGACACGGAAAAAUGAUAAACUAGUACCAAGGGCAAAAAGGUUGAAAAAGAAGCCUCAGGUAAUAUCUGACCAACAAAAUCAGUUGCAACAGGAGUGCCAGCAUAGCGAAUUGCAGGACAUACAUAAAAAGCCUUCCAAACUACACAAACUUGGCCGGAUUGUGUCACAAGAUUCAAAGUUAACUGUUUUGGGGAAAAAAACAACCAAAGCUAAGGUGCAAAAGCCAAGGAAGCGGAGUGCUUUGCCAACACAACAAAAAACAGCUGCAUUGUUUCUCCCCAAAACUCAGAUAAUAUUCCACAGGCCUUUACCUGUCUCGAUGCAAGAUAAAAUGAAAGACCAGCUGUUAGGCCGUGAAAUGGUGCCUGAGCGCAUCAAAGCGGUGAGCUUCGGUGCUACUCAGGGCACCAAUAUGCCAAGCAAUGCCCUGCAACAUAGUGGCCUACCCUCCAAUAAUCACCUGGCUGUUCCUCACUUAGACACAAAGUCCUGUUUGAGCCAAGGCAAUGAAAACAUGCAUAUGCUUACAGAAAACGACAAGGAUUCUCAGGUACAGCAAACCAUGGCUCAGAUGCAUCCCUUGCCUCAGACCUUCAGUCAAGCAGGUGACAUGUGUAAAGAUAACCAUGCAAAAUUCCAGCAGCAUGCUGUGGAGAAGCAAAAAGAUCAGAAUCUGCAACCAAUUCCCAUUAAUUGUGGUGCUGUCUCCCCAGGGGAUACCAUAGAAGCACUCAGGAAUGCUACGUGUGUAGAUAAAAUUAAAUUCCCAACAGGAAAAAACUUGGAAACUGAGAAUCCACAUGCUAAAGGGAACUCAGGAUGUUAUCCAAUGAAAAAUACGCUCAGUAGUUUCCUUGAAUCACCUAUGAAGUUCUUGGACACCCCCACAAAGAAUCUAAUUGAUACACCUUCAAAGAAAGGGCAGGCAGAUUUCCCAUCAUGUGAUUGUGUUGAACAAAUUAUAGAGAAAGAUGAAGGGCCGUAUUACACACACCUUGGAACAGGACCAAGUAUUGCUGCAGUCAGGGAGAUAAUGGAGAACAGGUAUGGGGCAAAAGGAAAUGCUGUAAGAAUUGAAGUAGUGGUAUAUACAGGCAGAGAAGGAAAAAGUUCACAGGGGUGUCCAAUUGCCAAGUGGGUGAUACGAAGAAGCAGUGAUGAGGAGAAGCUGCUGUGCUUGGUUCGUCAGCGUGCAGGACACCAUUGCCAAACGGCUGUCAUCGUGAUACUUAUUUUGGCUUGGGAAGGUAUCCCCCACCUUCUGGCGGACACGCUCUACAAGGAACUGACCCAGAGUCUCCGAAAAUACGGCUGUCCAACCAGCCGUAGGUGUGCGUUAAAUGAAGACCGCACCUGUGCCUGUCAAGGCCUUGAUCCAGAAACAUGUGGAGCAUCAUUCUCAUUUGGCUGUUCAUGGAGCAUGUAUUACAAUGGCUGUAAGUUUGCCAGAAGCAAAACCCCAAGGAAAUUUAGACUUCUCACAGAUGAUCACAAGCAAGAAGAAAAUCUGGAAAACAAUUUGCAAACAUUAGCUACUGAUGUAGCUCCACUGUAUCAAAAACUUGCCCCUGAUGCUUUCCAGAAUCAGGUGGAAAAUGAACACUUUGGGCCUGACUGUCGACUUGGGGUCAAGAGUGGACGGCCUUUUUCUGGGGUCACCGCUUGCAUUGACUUCUGUGCUCAUGCUCAUAAGGACACACACAACAUGCACAAUGGAAGCACUGUGGUUUGUACUUUAACAAAAGAAGAUAAUCGCACGAUAGGGGUGAUACCAAAUGAUGAACAGCUGCAUGUGUUACCUCUUUACAAAAUUUCACAAACAGAUGAAUUUGGCACAGAGGAGGGCCUGGAAGCCAAGAUAAAAGCUGGGGCAAUACAAGUGCUUACUGCUUUUCCUCGAGAAGUAAGAAUGUUAGCUGAGCCACGCAGGGCAACAAAGAAGAAGAAAUCUGAAAACAGAAAGCAAACUUCAGCAGAAAAAAAGCAUUCUAUUCCUGUAAAGGGGAAAAGUGGAAUAUCUGGAAAUAACAAUAAAGCUUCACAAAAGUUAGGUAGCAAAACUAACACAUUGCAAGCUGGGACAAAAAUGGUGACUGGUGAUCAUCUUUCUGCCAUAAAACAUAAUUCAGACACUACUCAAAAUUGCUCUGUAUUAAAGCAAUAUCCUUCUUCCUCCCCUUUAAAGCUGGAUAGUUUACACUCUUUCUCUCCAUUAACUCACACAGCGGGUGGCAUAAUGUCAUUGACUAACAGUCAGCAAGAUUUUUCGACUCCCUACGGGUAUUUGCAAUGCAGUAGUAACAAACCUCAAUUGACACCCAAAGGCAAGAGUUUUGAUGUGUCCAAUAGUGAUCAUACUGGAACUUCAUUGGAUGAGAGGAAGAAUGGCCUGCCCACAGGUCUUCAAGAUCUCACCGUUACAAAGACCACAGCCAACAGAGAGAGCCCACACCACACACUUGAACAAAAAGCAGUCAACAAGCCAAAUUGUGAAAUUAAAGAGAAUUCUCCUGUCUCACAGUUGGGUAAUUCUUGUGCAUCAUUAUCGCUAUCGAAUGCUUCAGAAAAUGUAGUCAGAAAUGAAAUUCAUUCUUCCCAGGAGCAUCCAGUGCAGCAAGAUGGUUUCAUCCAAACUUCAAAUUGUGCUUCUGCCAUUGUGGAUUCACAGCCAAAUAUUGAGCUCCAAAAGCCCACAGAUUCUGAAGAAAAAGCAGAGGAAAUGUGGUCCGACAGUGAACAUAACUUUUUGGAUAAUGACAUUGGUGGCGUAGCUGUGGCACCAUCACAUGGCUCCAUCCUCAUUGAAUGUGCGCGCCGUGAACUACAUGCUACGACUCCAAUUAAAAAGCCAAACAGGAACCAUCCCACACGGAUAUCUUUAGUUUUCUACCAACACAAAAACCUGAAUGAGCCAAAACAUGGAAUCGCGCUGUGGGAGGCAAAAAUGGCAGAGAAGGCAAAAGAAAAAGCCGCUGAAAAACUAGGCAUUGAAAAUGCCAACCUCCAAGCCAACGACAGGAGUGGACAGCAGCCCAAUGCCUCCAGAGAGGUUUUCUGUGAAGACAGUGAAUUCAACCAAAUCCCAUCCCGCCGAGCAUUAACAGUAACUCACGAUAAAGUAAUCACGGUGUCUACCUAUGCCCUCACACGAGUCGCAGGGCCCUAUAACCAUUGGGCAUAGGCCUUUAUAGCAACUGUGCAACUUUCGCAUUGGAGCAGUGUUGCACAAUGAUUCCUAAAGGUGCUGUUCAAGAACAAAGUCUUAUAUGGUUUACUGUUUGUUCAUCUCAACCAUUUUGAAGGCUGAGGUUUAAAAAUGUUUUUUUUUUCUUAAACUGUGACUUUGUAUAUUUUAACAUCUGGUGAUUCUCAAGCACAUUUUAAGCAAAAAAAAGGUAUAUUGUAUAAUUACAGGAUUUUGGCUAGGUUAUUAACCCUAAUUGAACUAUUCAGUUUAUUACCUUUUCAGAAUUUAUAUUUUGGUGCUUUGAAUCGUCUGUUUACUACAAAUGAAUGGGCUUUUUAUAACGGAUUUUACCAGAUUUCAUCUUUUAUGAAGUAAAAUCAAGUUAGACAGUAUUAGCGAUACACGGUUCUUGGUGCUUAAUCACAUUAAUCAGUUAAAGAUAAGCUGGUUUUAUUUCUUCAUGGUGCCAUUGCUCUAAAAGCUUCCAGUCAUUGCUGUGAAGCCCAAUUUAAGGUUAAAAAAACCAAUGAUAAUUUUAUCUAUGUAUAGAUUUUUCAUAUAUGUAUGGUUUGUGUGUGAAUGUGUGAUAGAGAACCUCACAGAUUCACAUAUAAACAGUAUCACUAGUAGUGGUUGGAGGUUGUAAGCUGUAAAUAGAUAUAUUUAAAAGCACUUUCUAUUUUUAAAGUUAACUUGAAAUAGUAUAAGGAUUACACUUGUCUAAGGUUUGUGCAUUCUCUACCAAGGAAUUUAUUUUUUUCUUACUGUGUAGAGUUCCAUAUUGCUACAACAACAGUGCAUAUAUAUAUAUAUAUAUAUAUAUAUAUAUAUAUAUAUAUAUAUAUAUAUAUAUAUAUAAAUAAUAGCUGGUUUUUACGCUCCCUUCCCUUUCCCCAACGGAUUCUUUGGUUUGUUUUUAAACAAAAAGUUAAUAAAUGCAGACAAUUCAAUAUUUACAAAUAUAAAUUAAGAAGCAUUUUGUCCAUACCUGUUUUGCUAUAUUUUGUUGUAAGAAAAGUAUUUGCUAUCAUUUUUUUGAGCAAUAAGGACAUCAAUCCCUUUCUCUGUAUUUCUAAGUGGAGCAUUGCAAGUUAUAUAUGACAACUAAAUGUUCCUAGAGCCUCAGGGGUAGAACUGUUAUGGCAUCUGAAACUUCCUGCCUCUAGAGUUGCCUUAUUAAUAUUCUGAGUUUAAAGAGAGAGAGAGACUUGCAGUAUGGGCUGUUUUGUGGUCUGUUUGAAUUCAUUAAAACUUCCAGAAUUUUCCUCAACUGUUGUCAGUUGAAAAGGGUUUAUUAACAUGCAGCCCAAUCGUAUGCAUGUCUACUUAAAACUGUCCCACCGUAUUCACUGGGACUUGUUCCCAAGUAAGUGGUAUAGGAUUGCAGCCUUAGUAUAUAAUUUUCCCAUUCCAUAUUACAAGAGAAACAGUAGCAUCCAAGUGGCUUAUUAACACAUUAGUUCCCAUGAAAUGUAUGUCAGAGGAAUUAGAAAAUGGAGAAAGUUCUAUACUCAGUCCCUGAGUAUCAAUAGGCAGAGGUUCACGUUGUGCUACAUCUGUAAAUGUGGUGCAACUGCAUCAUAACAUGAUGCACAUGUUCCUCUUAGUAUGGUCUUCCCCCCACUAUUUUUCCAAGAAUUACAGAUGUAUCUUUUUAGAAGAAACUAGUUCAAUCAAACUAGGAUAUGGCGGGCAAUUCAUCCUUCAAAGUAAUUUCCAAUUUGUAGUUUGUGCUAGAGUUUGCUAGCUUCCUCCUAGAGCUUGGAAUAUUUCCUUUUUUUAUUGGAACUAUCAGAAAUCCCUAUGCCAGCAUGACCAUUGAGUGCCACUGGAAAAGUGCUGGAGCUGUCUUUCAAAAAAAAAAUCCAAAUUUUUUAUAUAGGUUGCUUGGGGUUUUGAUCAAAUUCUUUGGUGGAGAAAAACUGAACAGACAUAACUGAACAAAGGAAUGGUCCCCCCAAGACGUUUUGGUGUCUGGAGUGAAGAAUGAGUUAAUACCCACCCUGACAACCAGGCAGAUACAUUGUACUUUAGUACUUGUGGUAGGAUUAGAUGUUUCACUUGACCUGUGGAUAGCAGAUUAGAUUAGAAGACACAGGGCAAGAUGGAUGGCACACAGAGGGAUGCGUGUACAGUGUCUCUCCCUGCUGCUGUUGUGUAAAAAGCAGUAAGGACAGGAAAAUAUUUCACAGUUUUAGGUAACCACUGACAGGUCUCAUGGAAAGAGGGAUCCCAAAUUCUCAGAUGGCAGCAUCACGUUUUUAGUGGAUUAGAUGCUCUCAGUUUUAGCCAGCCAGAUAAUGUGAAUGCCACAUGGAGAGAUAUUAACAGAUUUCAGUACUUGAGUGCCAUGGCCCAGUAAAUGGCCUGUGAGCAACUGUGUCCCGUAUUGCUUAAAUUAAAGGGAUGGAACUGAUUAGACCAACCUGAGUUAAGAGGGCAGUUGGGAAAGCAUGGGAGAGAAAUCUGCCACAGAAAAAAACAGAUGGCAUGGAUCAAACUAAUUUCAGGUAAUGUACCUAGAUUGGAUAGUAGCAUUCUGAACACCAGAAGGAGAUAAACUGGCUUUUUAAAUAAGUAUUGAAGGGUUCCCAUUUAUUUUCUCCUCCUUUUUGUACAGUUUGGUUAUUUAAACAAAUCAAACAUACACCACAGUACUAGUGUUUGAUAAGAAUUGUGUAUUUCAGUUAAUAUGCAGAUGGGGGAAUUCAUGGAUGUUGACCAGUUCAGCUUCAAUCACAGAGCUCCGAAUUUCCAUUGUUUAUGUGACUAAUAGUUGUCAUCCAUAGGGUAAAAUCUCUCUGUGGUAAAUUCCAUGGGUGUAAACAGAGACAGAAGCUUUACCAAUAACAUACUUGAUAUAUUAUAGUGGUGCUGUAAUGAAUGCUGUCUAGAUCUGUUCUUUUGUGAAAUCUAGACAUGGUGCUUUUAUUUUACUUCUGUUUUUUUAAGAUGUUCAACACAGUUGUGUGUUCAACCUGAAAAUACUUUGGUUGAAGAGGGCGUGGAAAUAUGUGAAUUAUUUUGUGUACCCAGAAGGGUCAAUUCAUUAUUUGUUCUGUAGAAAUGCCAGUGGUGAACUGAUGUGACUCUAGCUUCCAGGUCCCCAUUCCAGGACCUUGGGGAAACUCCACAAGAGACUGCAUUCCUGUACACAGAGCUCCUCAUGUUCUAUAUUAACUAAACACCAUUGUGCCCUCUAACAGUACAAAUAACUUGUUGGGCAAAGCAAAGAGAAGUAUAGGUAUCUUAAUCAGAGCUUGGAAAAGUUGGUUGACUUUUCCCCAGCCAGCAUGACCCGUGGACAUAUUGGUGUGUGCAGCAGGAAUUCCAGGAGUCAUCGUCUGAAAACCAUCUGUUAUGAUUGAAUUUUAAAAUACAUACCCAUACCUGUCAGCCAGUCCCAAAGCAGUGCUAUUGAGAUAGUUACUACAUUCUUUAUAAAACAUCUGAUUGAAUCAAGCAGAGUCCCGGCAUCCCAAUAAAACAUAGGAGAGAAAGAUGCUAACAUGUUCUAUUUUUAAAUCAAACUUUAUUUUAAAAAAACCCUACCCACAUGCUGCAUUUUUCUUCGUUCAAAAAUAUUGAUUAGCUGAAAUGUAGAUUGUAAAUAAACUAGAAAACAAUAUUAUACCAUCAUUUUGUACCAGCGGCUUUCUGCUUUCUGAGUAAAUGGUUAUAUUUUUGUGUGCCUUAGAUUUCCAUUUUAAAAUUUGUAUAUUUUUUGUGAGCCUGAAAGUUGUUAAAAGUAACAGCUGCUUAUACAGUAGGUAGGACUGCAUAUUCCUUCAGUUCCUCAUUAUGUGGAGAGAUGUUUUGUAGCUGCCAAUUUCACUGUUCUGUGGAAGCAUUACUUUGCAGAAAAGAUCACCAGUUAUUUUUGCAGAUAAUUACACUUGCAUCAUUUUAUUUAGUACAGGAGUGGAUUUUCCCCAUCAACAGGUUUUACUAACUGCAUAAUGGGAGCAUUGUUGUUCCAUUGUGAAUUUUAGUUGCAACUUUAUGCAUAUUUACCUGUGCAUAACUCUUAAUUGAAAUCACUGGAGCUCACUUUUGAGUUGGCAUGUGCAGGUUUCCACUGUUAACAUGUUUGUGAAGCACAAAUUUGUUAUGAAAACAACACUUGUGAAUGAAAUUCAUUUUGUCCUUUUCUAUAGACACUGGGCCUUGUGGUAUUUUUAUGUGAAUCUAAGGUCUUGAAAUUAAUUAAGCAUAAUCAAAAACAUAGGGACCAAGAGAGGCAUAUCUAAUUAUAGUGGGCUAUAUUCAGUUGAUAAUUAAUAAAAGAAUAAACUCACGGAAGCAGUGAAAUGUACAUACCUGUUGACUUACCAUUCAGCAUUUGAUUCAGCAAUUCUAAUUGGAAUUACCAAUUAGAUUUGAGACAGCUGUUUUCUGUGUACAACAGUAUUUACACAGAGAUCCUUAUAUUCUUCUAUUUGCAAAGGAAAACAAGUUUUAAAAUGACAAUGCCAAAAUGGAAGACAUAUUGGCAGCCUGAUCUACCAGUAUUGUUUAUAAAUCCAACUGAUUUUAAAUUGUCCCAUUAAUUUCAUCAAAGUGAGUUUCCGCAUUACAAGUUUUGACAUGUUUUCAUUACCUAUGUGCUUCCAUGGCCAUGCCUUGCUUUUUCUUUCAAUUCAUUUUCAAAAGUCUAAAAAGGUGGGCUCCACAUUUUUAUUCUUUUAGUUUUUAACAGUGCUCUGGUCCCUAACCUGUCAAUUAGAUAGGGGACACCUACAAUUAUGUUCAAAUUUCUCUUGUAUGAUUGAACUACUUUAGAAUAAAUAUCUAAAAGCAAUGCUGAUGCUGCGUGAAGAGCAAAUACAGCCUAAUAUGCAUACCUGAAUACUGAGAAUUGACAGCUACUUACUGUAUAUGCACUUGUGUACUAUUUAUUAUACUGUUUCAGAAUCUGUAUAAUUCUACAUAGAAAUCAGUGUAAUUUUGUGAAUGAUCCUAUAGCUGCAAAGGCUAGUAAUAGUAUUGUCAUCUUGUAAUGAUGACUCUUUGUGGUUGUGACAAGCAGCAAAGUCUUCCAACUGCUGCAGCAACACAAAUUCCUAUCAAAACAGUUUGGACUAAAAGUGUCCUGUUGCUUUCAGUGGUGUCUUCCCAGGCUAGUUCAGGAGUUAAGAGUAAGAAAUUAUAGGAAUACAUAUAGCCUAAAUCAAUUCAUUAAUCUCAGCUACAAUAGAUCCACCAAAUUAAUGGAGUUUGGAUAAGUGUUGAUUUACAAUUCCAAUGGACCUACUCUAGCUGGACCUGGGAGUUGGGUUUAGGACUACAUACAUAUUUUAAUGUGUUCAUUUUUUCCAUCUGCCAUAAGAAAUACCCAUUGAUGAGAUUAUCAGAUGCCUUCAACUCUGCUUCUGGCAUAUAAUUCAUUUUAGUCUUCCAGGAGAGGCAUCUUGCUCUUUUAGAUUCUUAGCUCAGCUGACACAUUUCUGUGAAAUGUAGGUGGACUGUAGGUAGUUUGUUUUAAUUUAAAGAAGUGCUUGUGAAGUUUCUGUGUUGUAUCCUUCACUAGUUCAGACUGAGAAGUGCAUAGCUGUGUUUUAUUACGCUUUUCAAAUCACCAUGGUUUUAUAUUGUCAUAAUUUACUAUUAACUUCACUUUGACAUUAUCUGUGGCAUCAUCCAGAAAUGUACUUUCUAGGCCCAAGUUUCUUAAAAUGACAAAAUUAACCUGAAUGUUAUGGAGAGUGACAAAUGUUCCUGGAAUAUUGAAAAUCAGCCUUAGAGAUUUGUUUCUGUUUCUAACCUUUUGGGCCAGGUCUUCAAUAUGGGUUUAAUAUCCUGGAGAAGCAUUAUAAAAUUACAAAUAUUUAGGCAACUCUUAGCAGUUUUAACUAGCAACUGUUGGUAUGUGAUAUGUCCUCUGAAUUAGUUUGAUCUCCAUGACCCCAGUUAGGAAAAAACAAUUAUGCUUAAAUGGAUCUUACAUUAAUCAUCACGUUGAUUCCAUUGUGACUUAAGCACUCUUUGCAGUGGGGCCAAAAUUUCAAUACAGGUUGAAUAUCCCUUAUCUGAAAUUAUUAAGACCAUUUUUUUUUUAAAAAAAGAGGGAUUUUGAAAUAAUUGUCUAAACACGAAAUUAAUUUAUGUUUCAUGUAUACAUUAUUAUGCAUAUACUGGAAGGUAAUUUUAUACAGAUUCUCUGCAUGAGACAUGGCUUGCAUAAUUUGAACCAUCAGAAAAGAAAGGGGUUACAGUCCCUGUAUUAGAUUCCCUGUAUGGAGUAUUUUUAAAUUCUGGAUAAGGGAUACUGAACUUGUAUUUGUUUAUUUGUUUUUUGGGGUUUUUUGCAUGGUAUCCAGUGUUUGAAUAUUCCAGUAUUUCUCUCCCCCCCCCCCCCCCCCCGGUGUAAAUUGGAUAAAUACUACUUAUGUUUUAUCAUAACAUUAUACUUUUAGUGCAUAAUUAAACUAAAUGCUUUAUUUCAUAUUGGCAGUCAUUUACUUGGUAUGUUAUCAUUGUUCUGGUUACUAGCAAAGGGACAACUAAUAAUACUUCAUUUGAAUUCACAUUCAUUACACGAAUUCACAAACAGGAUAAAAUCGGGACCUGAUUAGAAAAAGCUGAUAGCAAAGGGUCACAGUGUUUUGCUUCUUACUUGUGGAAAAGGUUUUCCCAUAUAUACUUCUAAGGUCUCCCAUAAUAUAGAUAUGAUACAUUGGGCAGAGCCCCUUUUGUGCUUGGGUACAAAAGCUAAGUACAAAAAGGACUCUAAAACGUAGACACAUGGGUAAAUGCUGCAACAGGAAAACAAUAUGAGGGCAAUUUCCACAUUCGAGAAGUAAUUAAUAGUAAAUAUAUAUCAUGGCCCUCACAUGGGUCAAAUACAUAACUUUAUUUAUACACAUAUAUCCCUAAGGGAGCUAGUGUUCAUCAUACCUACCCACCUACUUUUAAAUUAUGCAUUCUGAAAAACAUUUUUUAAAACCCACUCCUUCCCACAGGUUUGAGUAUCCCUUAUUCAAAAUUCUUGGGUCCACAAGUUUUCCGUAUUACAAGUUGACUUUUUGUUUGGAUUUUGGAAUACCCAUAUUUGUAUAUGCAUAAUUGGAAGUGAAAUCCAAUUUUAAAUACAAAAUUCACUUAUAUUUCAUAAACACCUUAUACACUUGGGCCUGAAGAUAAUUUUGUACUAUAUUUCUAACAGUUAUGUGCAUGAAAAAAAGUUUGUGUAUACUGAACCACUGAAAAGCAAAGAUGCCACUAUCUUACCAGCCAUGUGGACAAUUUUGGAUUUUGUGUAAGGGAUCCUUAACCUGUAAUUACUUACAAUGUACUUAGUACUAUAUAGAGGUUGGUAAGGGCUAAAGCUAAAUAAAAUGGUUCAUGGGUUGUCUUUCACAGAACCAGGCAGUUGUGGAACAAAUAUAGGAGACAGUUGUCUACACCAUUCAUUGGAAGAAGUGGAAGGUUGGCUUUCACUGUUGAUCUGUGGUGAGAAUAACAGGGCCUCUAGAUGUUUAACAGCAACUUGCCAUCAUGAUCAAUAUUAGCAAAUGGUGUGAGCUAGCAAUAUCUGUAGGACCACAUGGUUUCCACCCAGCUCUGUACUUUUCUAAAACUGUAGAUUUUAUCCUUUAGAAUUGGCACAUCUCUAUCUUAAUCCUUUUGUAAGAGUAAGCAACCAAGUACUGCCAGAGUAUUCCACAAACAUGAUUAAUCACAUAUUAAGAAAUGGUGCUGUUGUAAAAUUUUUCAUGGCUGUGUGAUGAUCAUAAGUACUUGAGUUGCUGAAUGAAUAAGGCGAUGUCAGAUGUAAUGAACUACAGUUUAAUAAACAUAAAUGUCUUAGGUGCUGAAAAAUGAUGCAGAUUUUUAUUAGCCCUUUAUAUCCAUCUUGCACAGUAAACAGGCACUAGGGUAGAAAUGUGCAGCAUUCCUCCAUAAUAAGUUAUGUUUAGUGUGAAGACUUGCACUUUCAGUGGUGGAGGGAUGUACAGAAAGCCUUACCAAAAAAGAAACCAAAAAAAGUCAAUUGUGCAAUCAAUAAAGGAUUAUUUUUCUUAUGUUUCCCCUUUUUUACUGUACACAGGCCCUUAAGAGCAAACCAGUAGUUUUGGAGUUUUAUACAUAUUUUACCGACAGAAGGAAUGUGGUUACUGAUUUGUACCAUGAGAUGGUUAACCAUGCGGUAGACUGUGGGUCAUUUCUGCAUCUGGGCAAUAUUGAAUAUGUUUCUAUGAUCUAUGCUCUUUGAUCUUUUAAGAGAUAAUUGAUAAACCUUUUCUUUAAUUCAUUCCAUUAUAGUAAAUGGAAAUACAUUUGUAGUAAGUAACUCUUUCCUACUGAGUACAAAUUUAUUGCUAUUGAACCUAAUAGUUGUAGUGGGUUGUGUGUGGUCACAGAUCUCUGUAGGACUGACACUUGAAUGUAGAAAGCAAAAGAAUGAUUGACCCAAUCCCAAUGUUUGAGUUGAAGAGUUACUCUGAAACUGGAUACCUUUGGAGUGGCAUAUGUAUGACUCUCCAGAUAUUUGAACAGUAGAUCCCAUAAGCUUUCACCAUUGGCUAUGAUGGCUGGAGCUGAUGGUAUUUGCAAACAACCAUACAUCCCUCACUGCUGGCGUAAACAUUCAAACAUUAGCAAGACAUUUUUUGAAUUAAGCUCCUUACGAGAAGUUGCUAUCUACAGAAUUGUCUAUGAACAAAUUGGCAUAAUAACAGCAUGGUCGUUCACAUAACUAUUUCCAUAUGCAGAUACAUUAUUCCAGUACUACUAGUUGUGAAACAGAAGGUUUUUCUGUGGUCAAUAGAAGUAUCAUCUUAGCAAACAUUUCAUUGCUAAAAAUGGAUUACCGUAAAUAUUAUAGACUUAGUACAACCUCAUUUAGUUAACGCUUUUCAAAGAAAAGUUAGAUUACAUUGGUACAGUGUAAUUUAGAGACACAUGUUCUAAUCAGGCAAUUCACAUAAUCGAGUUCCUGCUAUACAUAAUGUGCAUAUUUAAUCAAUGAUUAAAGUAAUAGCAGGAAUUCCCUUGGCUUUUGUGAAUGGCAUUUUAUAGUCCUAGCAAGCCUGGCAGCUUUGAGAUUUUGUGUGUUGUGUCCAUCACUGCUGAAUGUAGCUAUUCCUCAAGAUUUCAAAGCCAGAUACAUUAGAAACGCUUUUGUAAAAUAUAACAGAUCUAAUAUCCGCAGUAGUUGCAGACACAUAUUGAUAUUAAAUAUUUUAAGACCUUGUAUUUCCAGUUUGGAAGAACCAUUUAUUUUUAAUCUUUGCUUUGAAAAGUAAAGAAAUGUUUCAGAGAUAUGUGAUGAGUGUAAACAUCUCAUCUCUUGUUUGAAAAGUAGACUGAUGAUGCUUGGGAAAGAACUGCUGUUGAGACAUCAAAGAGACUUACUGAAUUAUGGCCAUGGUGAUCAGAAAACAAGGGAGCAAUAUGGCAAUAGUUAGCUUAGGCAUGUUGUUGAAAUCUACAGGGGUUAUACACAAGUGAUGUGUCUUGGGAUACAGAUAUACAUUCAGAUCCAGGGCACAUUUACUCAAAAGUAAAUAUUACUUUGGUUAGUGGGGCUUAUGCUGAUGAAUUUAUGAACUAAAUCAAUCUUGGUAUCAAAACCAGUGGGGUUUCUACUCAAAAGUAAAAUCACAGUUCAGUGGGGUCUUUUCCCAGGUAAGUAUGUGUCAAUCUAUACCUACAAGAUGUUUACUUUCAGAAAUACGGGGCCAUCUUCCCCCCCCCCCUCUUCAACCCAACCCUUUUAAAUCUACUCAUGGGUGCUAUCAGAACAGAUUGCUGUACUUAGUAGGUUAACAUUUAAAUGUUUGCUACCUCCACCUCCAGUUGUACCUUCAAGUUGAAACUCCGUAACUUUUGUGCAUGCCAGUCUUUUUUAUCCUUCUCCUCUCACUUGCUUUGCUUACAAUUUAGGCUGAUGGCAAAGUUUGCAUGCUGCUGUGUGACGUUUUCGUUGGUAUCAUACAAGUAUUGCUCUAAUAUGGAUUUUGAAAAGCCUUAAGCAUCUUUGUUUGGAAGUAUUUGGGUGAAUAUGUUUCCAUUAUGCUCACUUUCUUCUGAGUAAAAAUGCAUUGGGUCAGCUGCAUGUAUCCUGAUUUCAUUUGGAGUAGCUUGGACUAACCUUCACUGGUAUAUGUCCAAAUAGUGAAGCUAUAGCCCAACAACAUGUUUAGUAAAUUGAUUUUCAGUAACUUUUCAAAAACAAGACAAUAGGAAAAUAAAUUAUGCGAAAUCAGAAGAAACCUGAGCUCUGUUGUUAAUUAAUAGGCCCUGUAUUUUCUUUGUGUGGUGUAUAUGUGUUUUUUAAAAAAAAUCUGAAGUGCAUACAAUAUUUAUUUUUCAACAUAUAACUUUGAUUUUGGUGGGGUUUUCCUUUAAUCAUCUACUGUAUUUAGAGGAUCGGAUGGUGGAAAUACUAAAAGGCAAAUUCUACAAUUUACCACAAUUUUAGUUACUAAUAAAUGGGAGGAAAGCACUUCACUAUUUCACAAUACUUACAGGAAUAAUUAAAAGCUAUUUCAUUUCUUUGAGGAGAAAUACAUUUGAAAUUCUCUGCAGACAAGGGAACACUUACCAGCAGUACUUGAAGAUUUGUGGGUUUUGACUGCAUGUUACUUGAAAGAUCUUACUAAGCUACUCUUUUUGGUGCACAGCAGUUAUUGUACAUGAUUUCUUGUUUAUGUAGCAAGAUGCAUUGAAAUUGUAUUGAUACAUACGUGUAAAGAUUGUUGUUGUGAAGAUGGUUUGUUCUGUUUUUUUCCUUGUUAUGUGUCAUAUCUGUUCAAACCUUAAAUGUUCCUUUUUUAAAGUCCUAAAAAGGCUAGAAAAAUUUAAUGUCAUUGAAAAUAUAUUUUAAAUUUUUGUCAUUUUUUUCCAAAAAAAAUUAUUACAAAGUGUAUCAUUCCUGAUAACACAGAACAUUGUGGAUGGUUUCAAAUAAAUUUUAUACUUCUA